UCCUGGGCGGCCGCCGCUGCCGGCGCGGGGCCCAUGCGGCGCGGGCUGAGAGCCAUGGUGCCCGAGGAGGGCUCCGGCUGCCCGCUGCCCCGCCUGCCCUGGGCGGCCGCGCUGCGGCUGGCCCUCGUCCUGUCGCUCGCCGGCGCGGUGGUCUGCUGUUUCCUGCGCGACCAGCUGUGGGGGCAGCACGAGCCACCUGCGCGCGACAUGGCUGAGCUCCAGCUGAAUCACACAGGGCUGCGGCAGGACAACAGGCUGCGCUGGCGAGCGGGCCCGGCCCUGGGCCGCUCCUUCCUGCACGGACCCAAGCUGGACGACAACGGGCAGCUGAGCGUCCAGCGCGACGGGAUCUACAGGCUACACAUCCAAGUGACGCUGGCCAACUGCUCCUCCUUCACGCGGGCCCCCGGGCCCCCCAGGGCCACCCUGACAGUGGGCAUCUGCACCCCAGCCGCCCACAGCAUCAGCCUGCUACGUCUGGGCUUCCACGGAGGCUGCGUGGCCACCUCCCAGCGCCUGACACCGUUGGCCCACGGGGACACUCUCUGCACCAACCUCACCCUGCCUCUGCUGCCCUCCCCAAACGCCGACGAGACCUUUUUCGGGGUUCAGCUGGUGCACCCCUGAGGUCCUGGCCCAGAUUUGUUGGGAGAGUGUGUUUUCUCUCUCUUUUUUGUUUUCCCCUUUCUUUUAUAAGCUGCUUUUUCCCCUGGUAUAUCUCCGUAAUAAAGAGGUUUACGGUAUCUGUUUCGACUUCAUCCUCCCUUUGGGCCUAAGUUUUUGGAGUUUCCUAGUCUGGAGCAGGAGCCUGGUGCCUUUUGAAGCGUUAAUGAGGUGACCUUGGGAAAGCCCUUAGGUCACCUAAUGAGGUGGGCCCGCUUGUGGAGGGAACUCACCCAGGGAUGGGGACUUGGCACUUUCAGUUCCUGCCAUCCUGACCUCAAGGGAGGGGAGAGGCUGGAGACAGCUCAGUCAGCAAGGCAAGUGAUUUAAUCCAUCGCAUCUGUGUAAGGAAGCCUCGUCAUAAACGUAGAAGGAGGGGUUGGGAGCUUCUGGACUGGAGAGCGUGGGAAGCCCGGAGAGGGUGGCCGUCCACGGAGAGAACGUGGACAGGGUGACGGCAAGUCACUCACACCCCUGCGGUUUGGUGCUGCCUGAUUCAUGCUGAUUUUUGUUCAAAUAAAUUCUCUAGAAUGUU